AUGCAUGAUGAGAUGUGGGACGUGAUAACUGAUGGACCCAUCCAGAUACUACAAGUGAACCCCAAUCGUGUUGUUUCCGAUCCGACAUCACCAGAAAUGAUUCCAAAGGAGAAAUCCUUGCUAACUACCGAAGAGAGAACCCGAGUAAAUCUCGACAAUAUAGCCAAGGAUAUACUCUACAAGGCAUUGGACGAAUCAUUGUUUCUGAGAGUAAGGAAGUGCAAGAUUGCUAAAGACAUCUGGGAUGUACUCAUGCUCAUAGGUGAUGGAGACGAACAAGAGAAGGAGAACAAGCUGACGAUUGCCAUGAAGAAGUUUGAGGAUUUCAAACUCAAUCCGAAGGAGUCCAUAACUGAAAUGGAAGCUCGGUUCAUAAAGUUAUUGAUGGAAAUCAAUGAUCUUGAUGAGAAAAAGCUAACACAAAAGGAGAUAAACUUGAAGAUUCUCCGAGGACUACCCAAAAGCUGGGAAAUGAAAGUAGUAGCUAUGCGUGAUCAUAGAGACCUCAAGACAACAAGUACUACUCAGAUCUUUAGUGAUCUGAAAGCCUACGAGUUCGAGAAGGAAGCUCAAAAUGAUGAAGAACUGGAGACGAGAAAUAUAGCCUUAGUUGCAAAUCAUCAAUUUUCAUCAUCAACACCAAGGUCAAAUUCUAAUCCCUCAUCUGAUUUUUUCACUGAUGAUCAACUUGCUUUGUUCAUGAGAAGGUUCAAAAGAUUCAUGCGAAAGAAUCAAUCCUAUGAUAACUCUGACAAGACGAGAAGAACGAAGUACCGAAACAAUGACAAGGCUAGCGGAUCCAGAACACAUGAGAAGGAUGAAAUACAAGUGCUGUGUUAUAACUGCCGAAAACCCGGACACUUCAAAGCUGAAUGUCCAUAUCCCAUCGUCAAGAAGCAUCAGGAUGAACACAACUACAAGAAGAAUUCGGGAAGUUAUCACAACCCGAAGAGUGCAUCAAAUAACACUGACGAAGAGCCAAACAAAAACCAGAAGAAUGAUAGGCGUUGGAAGGCUCUAGCUGUAGAAGAGAAGUCAGAAGAAAAGAACGACGAGUCAUGCACUUCCAGCUCCAGUUUAGAAAGUGACAGUUCGGAAGAUGAGAAAGGACUACUAUGUCUUUUCAGUCAAGAGGACUCGGAUGAAGAACUGUGCCUUAUGGCAGAUGAAGAAGAGGUAACUUCACAAAACCACUCUUCUCCGAAUCCACAUAUCAUGAAAACCCUAGGGAAGCAUUCGAAAGAAUGA